GUAGCUCAUAGCAACCUCAGACUUCUGGGCUCAAGGGAUCCUCCUGCCUCAGCCUCCCGAGUAGCUGGGCCUCCAGGUACCCAUCAUGACACUCAGCUGUCAGAGAGAAGAUUCUGAAUCUGAGCUGCUAAGUGAUGCCAGAGACAAGCUGGGUGGCCUUGUCAGCAACAGUGGGGCGGAAGUUAGUAGAUUCUGCAGCCUCUAUCACUCCUGCUUGCACGAGGGGGAAGUCUGUAAGGCCCUUGGUGGUCUGUGCAAGUCAUCGCACCCUCUUGCUGCCCACAGCACCAGUGUCGGAUGUGAUUCCCUAGGAGUUUCAGGGAAAGGAUUCUCAAAUGUGUCCAGAACCCAGAAAAGGUUGACUACUGUUUUAAUACUUAAUGUAUAUAUGGAUCUUGCAUCCCCGAAUCACCGUUUGAAAGAAAGCUACCUGGUGACCAGGAACACUGGUUUGAACUUUACAGUUUAUUACAGGAAAAGGAUACAGAGUGAAAUCAGCAAGGGGAGCAUUAUGCAGCGCACAGAGUUAGACAAUCUGCUCAGACCAGAUCAGACCAAGGCGCAGGGUGCUGGACAGAAACUCUGGCAGGGCGACUGGCUUCUUCACAUCCUCUGGAAGACGCAGUGCAACUGGCAGAAACCUCAAAGGUGCCGGGACGGAGGCGGCCUGGGAGUGGGCUUCUGGCAAACCUCCCAGUCAGCAGAUGGCUGGAGUUAA